AUGGCCCCGCACACAGUCUUCGUCUGCUCCGCAACCGGCUGCCAGGGCGGUGCUGUGGCCCGGCAGCUCCGGGCCAUCGGAUGGGAGGUGCACACGACCACGAGAAACACGGACUCUCCCUCGGCGCAGGCUCUGGCCUCGAUCGGCGUCAAAGUCCACGCAGGCGACUGGAACGAUGGCGAAGCGCUCGAGUCCGCAUUCGCCGGGUGUGACUUGCUCUUCCUGAACCUGAUGCCCGACCUGAACAACUUCCCCGCCGAGUUCGAGCAGGGGCAGAAUGUCCUGCGCAUCGCCAAGGCUGCGGGCGUGACGCACGUCGUCUACAGUAGCGCCCUAGAUAUCCCGCCUGGCAAGUCUAACCCCCUGAGGGAGAAGGCAUUCAAGUCAAAGAGGGAUCUCGAGCAGUACCUUCCGGGCGCGGGCUUCCAGCACUGGACCGUUCUUCAGCCGGGCUUCUUCAUGGCCAACUUGCUCUCGCCAAAGGUGAACUUCAUGUACCCCGGAGCUGCCGAGGCCGGGUGCUACACGGUCGUCUGGGGCCCUGACACGCCUCUCCCAAUGAUCGAUCACGAGGACAUCGCAGCGUUUGUCGUGGCUGCCUUCCAGCAGCCCAACAAGUUCCACGGACAGCACAUCACCCUCGUCAGCGAGAUGGUGCCGUUUGGGAGGGCGCUUGACAUGAUGGCCCGGGCGACAGGGAAGAACAUCCACGCCAGGUAUCUGAAGGAUGAUGAGGUCGAGGAGGCUAUGGCUACGAACCCAAUGCUGGCCCUGCAGCAGACGAUAAAACAAAUUCCUGUGUCGGAAGCAACUGAUGGAAAAAGCUGGGGGGUUGCGAUGGGCACCUUCGAGCGCUUCGUCGAGCGGGAGAGGAAGGAUUUCCUAGAGACGUAUCGCAGCGUCGAGGCAUUGAAAGAGUAA